AUGUCGAUGAGCAUCCAAGAGCUGGACGCCACUGUGCGUGCCUUCUACGAGGGCCGCGGCGACCAGCAAAAGGCCGCCCAGGCCAGCCUCAACCAGUUCAAGGAGAAUCCAGAUGCGUGGUUGAUGGUCGAUAAGAUCCUGCAAGAGGCGGAAUACCCCCAAACCAAGUAUCUCGGCCUGCAAGUCCUCGACAAUGUCAUCAUGACGCGGUGGAAGGUCCUGCCUCGCGAUCAGUGUGAAGGCAUCCGAAACUUCGUCGUCAACUUCAUCAUUCAACAGAGCAGCUCAGAGGAGAGCCUACGCAAAGAGCGGGCGCUCCUCAACAAGCUCAACCUCGUGCUGGUCAGCAUUCUCAAGCAGGAAUGGCCGCACAACUGGCCAACCUUCAUCAACGAGAUCAUCUCCUCCUGCCGCAGCAGUCUACCCAUCUGCGAGAACAACAUGGCCAUCCUGCGCCUGUUGUCGGAGGAGGUCUUCGACUUCUCGCAAGAUCAGAUGACCAGCACAAAGACGAGACAGCUCAAGCAGAGCAUGUGUGAUGAGUUCACUGCCAUCUACAACCUCUGCUCCGAGAUCCUCAGCACAGCGGAUCAGCCGAGCCUUAUCAAGGCCACGCUUGAGACACUACUGCGCUUCCUCAACUGGAUCCCACUGGGCUUCAUCUUCGAGACUCCACCAGGUGGGCAGUCGCUUAUCGAGACAUUGCGCAGCCGAUUCUUGGAAGCACCCGAAUUCAGAAACAUCACCUUGAAGUGCUUGACUGAGAUCGGUAGCUUACAGACCGAACACAACUGGAACGAGAAGCUCGUUCAAAUGUUCACAGAGACUCUCGAAACCAUCUCGAAGAUCAUCCCUCUCUCGCUCGAUCUCAAGCAGACGUACGCGCAGUCGAACGGCAGAGAUCAAGAGUUCGUCCAAAACCUUGCGCUCUUCCUCUGCAACUUCUUCGGCAACCACGUCGCCAUCAUUGAGAACCUCCCCAACCGCGACUACCUCAUCCAUGGCCACUUUUACCUCAUCCGGAUAUCACAGAUCGAGGACCGCGAGAUCUUCAAGAUCUGCCUGGAAUACUGGACGAAGAUGGUCUCCGAGCUCUACGACGAGGUGCAGAAAACUCCCAUGACCGACAUGAACCCACUCCUCAACAUGCAGAACGGCGGUGCUAUAAACCCAUCGUUGAUGGCCAACUACCCUCUUCGAAAGCACAAGUACACUGACGUCCUGUCCAACCUGCGUCAAGUCAUGAUCGAGAAGAUGGCCAAGCCAGAAGAAGUGUUAGUUGUUGAGAACGACGAAGGCGAGAUUGUGCGUGAGUUCGUCAAGGAGUCGGACACAAUCCAGCUGUACAAGACGACGAGAGAGUGCUUGGUCUUCCUGACGCAUCUGGACGUGGUGGACACUGAGCAAAUCAUGUCCGAGAAGUUGGCGCGGCAAGUCGACGGCACCGAAUGGAGCUGGGCAAACUGCAACACGCUCUGCUGGGCCAUAGGUUCCAUCUCUGGCGCCAUGAACGAGGAGACCGAGAAGCGCUUCCUCGUUACCGUCAUCAAGGAUCUUCUCGGUCUGACUGAGAUGAAGCGCGGCAAGGACAACAAGGCUGUCGUCGCAUCCAAUAUCAUGUACAUCGUUGGCCAGUACCCUCGCUUCCUCAAGGCCCACUGGAAGUUCUUGAAGACAGUCGUCAACAAGCUGUUCGAGUUCAUGCAUGAGACCCACGAGGGUGUCCAGGACAUGGCGUGCGAUACCUUCAUCAAGAUUGCCAGCAAGUGCAAGCGCCAUUUCGUCAUCCAACAGCCUGGCGAAACCGAGCCUUUCAUUGAUGAGAUUGUCAAGUCGAUGCGCAAGAUUACCUGCGAUCUGUCACCACAGCAGGUGCAUACGUUCUACGAAGCCUGCGGAUACAUGAUCAAUGCGCAAGGCCACAAGAACACACAGGAGCGACUGAUUAGCGAACUGAUGAGCUUGCCAAACACGGCCUGGGAUCAGAUCAUCCAGUCUGCUCACCAAGAUCCAAGUAUCCUGCAAAACUCCGAGACCAUCAAGAUCAUUGGCAAUAUCAUGAAGACCAACGUGGCAGCUUGCAGUAGUAUAGGCUCGUACUUCUACCCUCAGAUCGGUCGCAUCUACAUGGACAUGCUCACCAUGUACCGUGCUGCGUCACAGCUCAUCGAUGAGGCAGUACAGCGUGAGGGCAAUAUUGCAACCAAGAUGCCCAAGACCAGAGGACUAAGAACGGUCAAGAAGGAGAUCCUCAAGCUUAUUACUACCUACGUAGAGAAGGCUGAUGACUUGGAGAUGAUCCACCAGACGCUCGUACCGCAACUGCUCGAGGCAGUCCUACUCGACUACAAGAACAACGUCCCGGAUGCGCGGGAGGCGGAGGUUUUGGCUGUGAUCACGGUGCUCAUUUCGAAGCUACAGGGCAUGAUGACCGAGCAAGUGCCUGCCAUCCUCGAUGCCGUCUUCGAGUGCACGCUCGACAUGAUCAACAAGGACUUCUCGGAAUACCCCGAGCAUCGCGUCGAGUUCUUUAAAAUGCUGCGUGCCAUCAACCAGCGCUGCUUCCCAGCUCUCCUCAAGCUCGACCAGGGACACUUCAAGCUGGUCAUCGACUCGUGCAUGUGGGCAUCCAAGCACGACAACCGCGUCGUCGAGAGCGAAGGUCUGAACAUGUGCAUCGAGCUUGUGGAGAACAUGGCCAGCCAGACAGACCAGGCCACUUGCGACGCUUUCUUCCUCAACUUCUACACCACCAUCCUGCAGGACAUUUUCUUCGUGCUCACCGACUCGGACCACAAAGCAGGCUUCAAGCAUCAGUCAGCGCUGCUCGCUCGCUUGUUCUACCUGGUCGGUACCGACAAGAUCUCUGGCCCAAUCUACACCCCCGACCGGGCUCCCCAAGGUCAAUCGAACAAAGAAUUCCUGUCAAACUUCGUCGCACAGCUCCUCUCCAACGCCUUCUCGAACCUUCAAGCUGCGCAGCUCAACAACUUCAUCAAGAGCUUGUUCGAGAGCACCGAGGACCACGCCAGGUUCAAGCUCAUCCUGCGUGACUUCUUGAUUCAGCUCAAGGAGUUUACCGGUGACAACGCCGAGCUCUUCAUUGAGGACCGCGAGAAGGCUGCCCAGGAGGCAAAGGACCAAGAGCGUGAGCGCAUGGCCAAGGUCGGCGGUCUGCUCAAGCCCAGCGAGAUUGAUGAUGACGAGCUAUGA